GUAGAGUAUGAGUAUAUAAGUGGGGUGUAAGUAGAGUGAGUGUGUGUGUGUGUAAAGUGUGAGUCUAUGAGGGGAGUGUGUGUAGAGUGUGAGUACGUGUCAGUGGUUCACUAUGAUGAGGAGGAGAGAGAAGAGGUUGGUGCAGGUGGUGGUGUUGAUCAUCGCCGCGCUGUUGUUCCUCUACAGCGGCGCUCUGAGGAGCUCUCAGCGCGGAACCAGCGAGCAGCACUCUCACCCUCAGGAGGUAAUCAGUAGGGUGAAGCAUGUGGACCGAGUGGACAGUCAGAGAAAGAAAGACUGGCACGACUACGAGGCUAUAAAGAGAGAUAUAGCACGAACAGGAAACGGAGAGCAGGGUAAAGCGUUCCCUCUGACUGAUGCAGAUCGAGUGGAACAGGCCUACAGAGAGAACGGAUUCAACAUUUUUGUCAGUGACAGAAUUUCACUCAACAGAUCACUUCCUGAUAUUCGCCACCCAAACUGUAAAAACAAGUUGUAUGCUGAGAAUCUUCCAAACACCAGCAUCAUUAUUCCAUUCCAUAACGAGGGCUGGAGUUCGUUACUGCGCACCGUACACAGCGUUCUGAACCGCUCGCCCCCUCACCUCAUCACUGAGAUCAUCCUGGUGGAUGACUUCAGUGACCGAGAUCACCUGAAGGCCCCGUUGGAAGAUUACAUGUCCCGACUGCAGAAGGUUCGCAUUGUUCGCACUCAAAAGCGUGAAGGUCUGAUCAGGACCAGACUGCUGGGGGCGUCGCUCGCUACAGGGCAAGUCAUCACUUUCCUUGACUCACACUGCGAGGCCAACGUCAACUGGCUUCCUCCGCUGCUGGAUCGGAUUGCGCAGAACCGUAAGACGAUCGUGUGCCCGAUGAUUGACGUGAUCGAUCAUGAUAACUUCGGUUAUGAGACUCAGGCAGGAGAUGCCAUGAGAGGAGCUUUUGACUGGGAGAUGUUCUACAAACGCAUACCCAUUCCUCCUGAGCUGCAGAUCAGGGACCUGAGCGACCCGUUCGAGUGUAGGUCUCCAGUAAUGGCUGGUGGUCUGUUUGCUGUAGACAGGAAGUGGUUUUGGGAAUUAGGAGGAUAUGACACAGGACUGGAGAUCUGGGGAGGAGAACAGUAUGAGAUUUCCUUUAAGGUUUGGAUGUGUGGAGGUCGUAUGGAGGACAUCCCCUGCUCUCGUGUUGGCCAUAUUUACAGGAAGUACGUUCCCUACAAAGUUCCUGGAGGAGUGAGUCUAGCUCGGAACCUGAAGCGAGUGGCGGAGGUGUGGAUGGAUGAGUAUGUGGAGUAUAUGUACCAGCGGCGGCCAGAUUAUCGCCCACUGUCUGUAGGAGACGUAAGUGGACAGAAGGAGCUCCGUCUCCGUCUCGGCUGUAAGAGCUUCCACUGGUUCAUGACUCAGGUGGCCUGGGACUUACAACAGUAUUACCCUGCUGUGGAGCCCCCUGCUGCUGCCUGGGGGGAGCUUCGUAAUGUGGGCAGUGGUCUGUGUGUGGAGAGUAAACACUUGUCAUCUGGUUCUCCUCUCAGAAUGGAGCCGUGUGUAAAAGGUCAGAGGGAUGCCCUGUGGAAUCACGCUCAGGUGUUUACUUUUGGAUGGAGGGAAGACAUUAGGGUGGGAGAUCCUUUACACACAAAGAAAGUGUGUUUUGAUGCCGUGUCCCACAGCAGCCCAGUCACGCUGUACGACUGCCACGGCAUGAAGGGCAACCAGCUGUGGAUAUACAGAAGGGACCACACCCUCUUCCACCCGGUCAGUAACAGCUGUGUGGAAAGCGACUCAGAGAAGCGGAUCUUCAUGAACUCGUGUGAUGCAGCGUCUCCGAAUCAGCAGUGGAGAUUUGAGAAUGUGAACACGACGGUUCUGGAGCAGUUCAAUAAGAAGCUUCCUGCACUGUGAGAACCUCAACAAGAACAUCUGUAGCUUCACAGGCUCCUUUUCUGCACAUGUGGAUGGGUUUCAGGAUCCAGGGGUUUGAGAUGUUUAUGAGAGCACACUUAUAAAGCAGAUGUUUAUAUUUUAUUUAACUUCUGGUCUUCAGGAUUAGGACUUUAUAAUCUGCAGGUGUUGAUGUGGGGGGUUUUCUCCUCCAGAGCAGACCCUAGUCUGAAACCUGAGGAAAAUCUAGAAGAGGUACACUGAAGCAUGGACAUGAGUUUGUGAUGUCACAAGUUGGCACGUUAACCCAGAAGACUUUGUAGAAUUAAAUAUUUUCUUUGUGAGGUGAAGUUGUGGGAUGUUAUGAGGAGAUGUUGUGAGGUGAGGUUGUGAGAAGAUGUUGUGAGGUGAGGUUGUGAGGAGAUGUGAGGUGAGGUUGUGAGGAGAUGUUGUGAGGUUGUGAGGAGAUGUUGUGAGGUUGUGAGGAGAUGUUGUGAGGUUGUGAGGAGAUGUUGUGAGGUGAGGUUGUAAGCACUCAUACUGUUAAGAGUGAACUCAGUGCCUUGAUAUGAAAUGGAUCUUUUCUUCCUGUAAUGGAGUGAGAAAACACGCUCUGUAUUCUUUCACCCGUUUACUGAUUACAGCACUUUCUGCUCCUCACUCAUAGGAGUACACCAUCUCCUCACUCAUACACCAUCUGAUUUUACCUCCACAAACCUCCACCAAAACACCCUCACUACCUAAACACCAGAGUCCUAAUCCUGAGUCCUGAGUGGAACAGAGCCAAAUAAAACUCUGUGUGUGUGUGUGUGUGUGUGUGUGUGUGUGUGUGUGUGUGUGUGUGUGUGUGUGUGUGAGAGAGAGAGAGAGAGAGACACCACAUUUUGAUGAAGAUGAAUAUUUAGUAAUGCAGCAUCACUAAUCUUUAUGAAGAUUAAUAUUUGCACUCUUCUUCAUGCUUCAGGGUUUUUAUUAUUAUUAGUUUGUUAUUAACACUUUAUUACACAAUGAUUUAUAAUUAAUCACAUCUCUAAAAUUGUAUUCAGUUUAAAUCUUAUCAAAUCCAAACUUCUUCCAUAAAAUUAAACUUCAGGAGUGGUUAAAAUUAUAAUUGAUUUAUUUUAUUGCUGAACUGCUCCAGGUGUGGGGAGCAACCUGAGGAUCCUGAUCAACUUAAUGAACAUAUUGAUUGAAAUUAUAAAUGAAUUUAUUGAAUUAACAGUUUGAUACAUUUCUAUUUUGUAAAUUAACAAUUUAUACUUUAAUUUUCUUCAUUACUCUUUGUAAAAAGUGAGAGGAUUUAUGAUUUCUAAAGCACACAGCAAUGAGGCCUCUGAAACUUUUACACUUGAACGUGUCACAAAUCCCAGAAGAAAUUAUGUAUUUUUCUACAGAAAAUGUAAAUCUAUUUCAGUACUGAAGAUCAAAAGCAAAUUAUAACAUAUAAAAAAAUAUA